AUGCGUGAUGUGAGCAAUAAAGCAAGCAGGCAAGUUGGCAGCAAUGAAAUUUGGCGAUUGGAAAGAGACACUUUCCGACACGUGGCGACGACGCUGCGCAGCUUGCGUCUAGACGGCAAUCGACUGCGCGCGGUACCUCAGGAGGCACUUGCCCUUCUGAAACACCUCGAGGUCCUAAACAUCGGCAACAACUUGAUUCCAUUUUUAAAUUCGGAUUCAUUCCCUCCAAUGGACAACCUGGUUGUACUAUUGAUGAAACGAAACCAAAUUACUGAAAUAUCUGAAGAUGCUUUUGCGAAUGUCACGUCAUUAAAAGUUCUGGAACUGGACGAUAACUUCCUGACACAUAUACCCUCUGCAAUCGCAAAGCUGUCCGACCUGCAGGAGUUCUCCAUAUCAGGUAACAGGAUCAAGUAUAUCGAAGGGGGCCUUCUACAGAAAACUCCCGCCCUGGCCCUGCUGGAACUGAAGGGCAAUCCGUUGAUAGGGGUGGACGCCCACGCAUUUUCCUUCCUGCCAAGACUACGAAAGCUUAUUCUUUCGGAUGCCAGAGAACUAUCCACGUUUCCGAAUCUGAACGGCACCAGCGCUCUGGAGAUAUUGAGGUUGGACCGGGCGGGGAUUUCUUCAGUGCCAGAAUCGUUGUGUAGCACCUGUCCCAGGUUAAAAAGUCUUGAUCUAAAGUCCAACAAAUUAAAUGCAGUACCCGAUUUAAACAGGUGUAAAGAUAUGAGAGUGCUAGAUCUUGCCAGUAACAACAUUAAGGACAUCGAAGGGAGGCCAUUUCGAGGGAUGUAUCUAAUGCAUGAUUUGCUGCUAGCACACAAUCUGAUCGAGUACAUUCCACAAGAUGCUUUCUACAAUUUAUCUAAACUGCAAGUUCUGGAUCUUGAAGAUAACAAGAUAUCGUAUAUCCAUCCAGAUUCCUUUAUGCCGAUAGCUAGGAUUGAAGACCUGAAUUUGGGAAACAAUAUCUUUCCACAUCUCCCCUCCGCUGGCUUGGAACGUCUACUUCAUCUCAAAACAUUUAACAACCCUAAUCUUCGAGAGUUCCCGCCACCAACAGAUUUUCCACGGAUUCAGACACUGAUACUGGCAUAUGCUUAUCACUGCUGUGCCUUUUUGCCGCUGAUACCUUCCAAUCCUCCACCAGCCAAAGCCAAGGACAUUAUAGUCUUUCCAGACAUUGAGGAUAUCGACUUGAACUUCUGGAACAGCUCAGUGGAUCUGUGGCCUUCUCAGCAAAAUAUUAGCCAGAAAUUUGGAAAGAAAUUCGGUGAGAUUUGGGAAAACAUCAGAUCGGACUUCACCUACCCCGGAAACUUCCCUUCCUACAUAGAAGAAUAUGCUGCUGAGGACGAUCCCACGCUCAGAAUACCAGGAGAAAUCACCACUGGAGUCCCUGGAAAGAUUCAAUGCUUACCAUUGCCUGGACCGUUUCUCCCUUGUCAAGAUCUCUUUGAUUGGUGGACUUUGAGAUGUGGAGUCUGGAUAGUUUUCUUGUGUGCCAUGCUGGGAAAUGGUACAGUUGUAUUCGUGCUUAUAUUUUCCAGAAGCAAGAUGGAUGUACCGAGGUUUUUAGUUUGUAAUUUGGCUGCAGCUGAUUUUUUUAUGGGCAUAUAUUUAGGGUUUCUUGCUGUUGUCGACGCCUCAACUCUGGGUGAAUUCCGCAUGUACGCCAUCCCUUGGCAGAUGUCCGCCGCGUGCCAACUUUCUGGCUUUUUAGGCGUCCUGAGCUCCGAGCUCUCCGUCUGGACGCUUGCCGUCAUCACUUUAGAACGGAACUACGCCAUCACGCACGCCAUGCAUCUUAACAAGAGACUUUCCCUGAAACAUGCCGGAUACAUCAUGAUAUGUGGUUGGAGUUUCGCAAUAGUUAUGGCCAUAAUGCCAAUUUUCAACAUCUCAGACUACAGAAAGUUUGCAGUGUGUCUACCGUUCGAGAUAAGUGAUACUGUUAGUCUGGCUUACGUAGUUUUCUUAAUGUUUAUAAACGGAAUAGCCUUUCUGAUUCUUAUGGGCUGCUAUCUUAAAAUGUACUGCGCUAUUAGAGGCUCCCAAGCAUGGAACUCAAACGAUUCCAGGAUAGCCAAACGCAUGGCUCUAUUAGUGUUUACAGACUUUCUUUGUUGGUCUCCCAUAGCGUUUUUCUCUCUCACAGCAGCAUUUGGACUGCAACUUAUCUCCUUAGAACAAGCCAAAGUGUUUACAGUGUUUGUACUGCCAUUAAACUCGUGCUGUAAUCCAUUUUUGUACGCAAUACUUACAAAACAGUUCAAAAAAGACUGCGUCAUGAUCUGCAAAGCCAUAGAAGAAAGCAGAGUGACCAGGGGCAUUGGUAGGUGUAGGCACAGCUCUAAUUUCAGCAAUAGACAAACUCCAGCCAAUACCAACAGUCUAGCUGACAGAUCGUCCAGAGAGAAGCAAGAACACCAUGUACCUCAGUGUACUUGUAACGCUAAGCUACUUGGUGAUAAUCAGAACCAACAGAAGAACAAGAAGGAUAGGAAGACCACAACUAGAGAAUGGUUGCUCAAUAAAGCUAGAUGGCUGUUUUGUGUACGACGACCUACUAGGCACAGGCCCAGGAAUGAUCAGUAUACUUAUCAAAUAGCAGAAAUUCAACAGAAGCAACACAAGAGGGCUUCGUCAGUGUCGUCCAGUGAAAACUUUAGCUCUUCUAGGUCAGAUUCUUGGCGCCAUAAUCACCACUGCGGCAUUCCCUUGCGUCUGCUAGACCCCAAACGACGAGCCUCUUCAUGGCUCAUUACUAGAAAGACUUCCCAAGACUCCAAUCUGUCCAGUUCGAGAAAUGACUCGUCUGGAUCAGCCACCACUGCCAGUACUAGCACUUGGCGGAUAUCUCGAUCAAGCAAUUCGAGCGAGCCGUCAAGGGGUAGGGUAAAACCUCGACUGACACGCCAGUGUGCCAUACAGGACGAGUCUGAACCUCCAGGUUCUCCCGGAAGACUUACAGUCCGAUUCCUCACCACCAUUCCCUCAGCUGCCGAGAACAGCAUGCAACUAGAAGACGAUCAACCUUCUGUUCUAGUAAAUCCUAGUCCAACGAUACUCGUUAGUCCUGCCAAAGAACGCGAAGGACCUCUGUAUGCCAUCUUGCAUUCUACGCCAGUAGCGCCAGCACGAAGGCAGUCCAUAGUGACCCUCCACCCAGCCGAAAGCAUUCGGGAGUCUCUGGCCAGCACGGAGAACGAGAAAACCACUCAGAAUAAUUCUAGUCAUGAAAAUAGCAGUCAUUCGACGAAUCACUGCAAUUCUAGAUAAUAGUCUGUUUUCUAGGUAGCUCUUUACCAAAUGACACAUCUCAGGUUUUUAAGCUACAUGUCACUGCCAUGUACAACUGCCAAGAAAGUGCCACUGAAGGUACUACUAAUUUUUACAGUGAUUACAAUCACUAUAAAUCGGUCUGUACCAGAGAUCGACGAACACACUCUGUUCGUUGUUCUCUAUGUGUACAUAGAUAACAACCACAGAUUUUGCAAAUUUUUAUUCAAACCCUAAUGCCAUCUGUCGAUCAUCAGUGGGCAACAGGUCUUUUGUUAACAUUUAAAUUCCUGUCCUAUUCCAAUCUGUUUUGAACUUAAAGUAGGGAGAAUUUUACACUGCCCUUAGAGUAGUGAAGUGUAAAAUUCUCCCUACUCUAAGGUUUUGAAGCUGUAAAUUACAGAAAAUUUUAUGUAUUUUUAUUUGCGCAUCGAAUUUUCAUAUCGUCAAUAUAAAUCUAUAUAGUUUUUGUAACUAGUCUACAUAGUUACUGUUUUUAUACUCGUAGGUAUAAAAUUAUCCUAAAAAUAUUUAAAAUACACAUAAUAAUUUAUUUUAUUUAGCUUAAAUGCCUCGACAACUAAGGCCAUUGCCAUGGUGUAAUUGAUUUCACAACCAGAUUAUAGUGUAAUGUGUAUAUAGCUCCCGGAACGAACCAUGGCCGAUGAGAAACGCUGUCGACAGUCGUACGCUCACUUAAGCUCUACAGUCUCUACACAGACAGGAUUUCUCUCACCGGCCAUGGUUCGCUCCGGGAGCUAUAUGUGUGUUGAAUAAAUGACUUGUCACUUAGUAAAGUCGACUUCAUUGUUUUUAGAAAGAGGCGCUACUUGUAUCCGAAUAUCUGCGGUCCCUCCAGUGAGUACCAAUCAAACAAAAAUAAAAAUUUCAUAAUGAAUUAUUGAUUUGGUAAAUAUUUAUUUGGAAUAUUACUUUACCUUUAAAUUGGAUAGACUGGUUGCCUACACUGAGGAUGUUCGAGUUUUUGUGGCAUAUUAUAAUACCAUGCAUAUACAUCAGAUAUACAUAUCGACACCCCCAUCGAACAAGGUUGUAACUCAAGUUACAUCUUUUUUCAGAUUUCAACACAGGCGAAUUCAGCAAAAAAUUGCGCACACGUCAAUAUAAACGACAUAGUUUAAUUUCUCAAUAUAAUAAGAAGCUGUAUUUUAAGUUACGUAUGCUAUUUUAGUCCAUUUUAGCUUGAAGAAGGCAGUAACACUGGAUACUCCGCAUGUAAAAUAUUUACUUUCUUUAUACUUGACGAUCAACAAGGUUUUUAAAUGAGUUACAACUUUGUUGCACGUAUGUUUAAUUUAUAACGUAUUCAAACAUAUGGUGCAUCUCAUAAGUCAAAUUAUCGAAAUAAAAGUAAAAACUGAUUUACGGAGUUUUUUUUUGUAGUUGCGGUGUCAAAAUAAGUAUCGAAUAGUGUUUGCUAGGUACUUAUAUGUAAUGAAAAAGUUUAAUAUUAACAUUACACAUGUAUUUUUAGAAAUAGCAAUUCACAAAACGAGGGUGAUUCAAUGCAUGCCCUUAUAGAAAAAUAGAAAAAACAUUGAGUCGUAUAUGCUCCACACCAAUGGUUAACCAAGAUACGAUAUGCCAAAGCAUCAGGCAAGCCUAAAUCCGUAAAUGAAAAAAAUCAGAAGCAAAUUCUAAAUUUUGACCCAUUUAGCACAUGUUAAUUUUGAAGUAGAUAUUAAUAGUAAAAGAGUAAAGUAAUAAAGUAAAAUGGUUUAAAAUUAAAUAUUUACAGAUACGCAAUAAAAAUGCGAAAAAUUUGAGAUAUUUUAUACCAUGAUUUUUUCAUAGUGAUAGAAGUUGUGUUGAAUAGUAUUGUUAUUGUAAAAUUUAUAAUUUCCAAUUAAAAUUGUGGAAACUGUGAGUUGAUAUUUUGUUUAAAUAUACCAUAAAAACUAAUUUUCUCCUAGCUAUAUUGCAAAUAUCUCAAAACAUACAACCUUUUACUAGUUAAACGGGAAAAAUAAUUAACACGGAGAGUGUAAAAUGGUUGUUAGGCGAGUUACAACCUUUUUCUACGAAUAGGUACUCAUGUUUAAUCUCAAGGUAGUAUCUCAAUCAAACUCAAGAUUCUCAAUAGCUAAUAAAAUUACAAAGCAUACAUCUCACAGUAAUCCCUUAUAAUGUUAUAAAUAUCAUAUCACAUUAGUGUAAAAGGGUCUAAUCAUUUCGCUACAAAUUUUUAGAAAUUCUUAUUUUCGUUUUUUGCCUCUCCUGUAAAAUCGCUAAAAAUGAGUUACAACCUUGUUCGAUAGGGGUGUCGAUAUUAUACAUACCCAGUGACCCACAUCACUGUACAUAUACCAUACAUAUACAUAUUAUAGAUAAUUCCAAUUUCAAAUGGUGUAUAAUACGGGUUGCCUAUAUUUAACACGUCGCUAGAGAAUUUUCACUUGAUAAACUGGUUGCCUAUACUCAGUACGUUCAAAAGGAAAAUAGAGAUUUGAGAAAACGUAAAAGUGCCGCAUUGGUUGUUUAUGUUGAAAGUAUUCAUCAUUCAGACAAGAUUCAGACAAUAGAUACACCGAUCAUAAGAUUAUAUUCGUCAAGUUCUUGGAGAUUUAUAGUAUUUAAACCAGUCAAGAUAUUGGAAACAAAUAAUAACAUUGAGACAAUCGCCUUAGUUGUGAAAAUAUCGAAUGUGGCAUACCUAUCUAGUUGAUUUAGUUUUUUUUUAGGAAUUAUGUAGUGACUUCUCCGCAUUUUUUGUAACUUAGAUUAAUUGAUUGUAAAGAUGAUGUUAUUGGUAUUGGUCAAAAUUAACGCCAGUAUUGUUUAUUUCUAUAUAUUGAUUCAAACACUCGUUCUUUCAUCUGCAUUUUCUUCGUUUUUCUGGUAAGGCAGUAGGACCUGAUCGAAUACAUGUGAAGGUUUGUAAGGCUUUAGGAGAGGAAGGGGUUGAUACUUAUGUUGUGGAAAAUGAUGAGUAGGAUAUAUGAGGAUAAAAAGAUAACCAAUGCAUCAAGGGAAAGUAUGAUAGUAUCACUGUAUAAAGAUAAAUGAGAGAUUUAGGAUUAUAAGAACUAUAGACUGAUAAAGUUAAAGUCCAACACAAUGAAAAUAUGAGAGGCAACUGUAGAAUGAAGGUUAAGGAGGGAGGCAUCCAUAGCAGAAGAACAGUUUGGGUUUAUGCCGGGAAGGAGGACAAGGAUACCUUAUUUGUGUUGAGACAUUUGAUAGAGAAAUACAGUGAGAAGGAAAGAGAACAACAAUUGAUAUUUAUAGAUCAUAAGAAGGCAUACAACCUGUACAAGGGCCAUGGAGAUGUAUGAGAUAUAUGGGGUCCUGAAAACUCUGUAAGGCUCAUGAAGGAUAUUUACAGGGGAGCGUACACCAAUGUAAGGACCUCUAUCGGAUUGAUCGGAAUAUUUCCAGUGACGGUUGAUUUGCCUCAAGGUUCUUCUUUGAUUUGUUUAAUUUUGUUAUGGGUGUACCAACAGAGAAGGUCGUUCUGCUGAGGCUUCUUGCUUAAUGCUCUUUACUGGUGAUAUCGUAUUAGGACAAUGAAAUGUAGUAGGAGAAGUUGGAGUUUGUUUUGCAUAUAUUGUUUUUUAUGUAAAAGGUAGUUCUUUAUUAUUUCUCAUUUGCUACUUUUUUACCCUAGUCCAAAAUUUUCCAUAAACUCUUCCGCUUUGUUAUUUUUAUAUUCGAUGAUGGCAUUAAUAUACCAGUUUUGUUAAUUUUUGUAGAAUAUAAUUAAUAAUUAGAUUACGCCCGACCAAAAUAUUUUGACUGGAAAAAUACCAAAUAUUAUAAAAUCUCAUGGAAUUACAUCGAAUUCUCUUGUUGAAAAUCACGAAAACGCUUAGACCUGGGAUGUUACUACCAAAUCUGUUGUAACUUAGCAUUAGAUAGAUCAGUUGAUAUUUUUUGUAAGUAUAUUUAUUUAUUUGUAAAUACAAUAAUAAAUCAGUGCGUGAUAUGGUUAGAUGUUAAGGCGAGAGAAAACGUAAUAAAUGCAUAAGGUGAUAAUUUUUAAAGUAAAGUAAAAGUAUGUUGAUAAAAUUUAAUAUUUACACAGAAAUACGUUCCAAAAUAACUUAUUAAAUACGUAAUUUUUGAGAAAAAAUUAGUACUGCAAAGAAUUAAGAUCGGUGGGAAGAAAUACGAAAUAUUUUAAGCAAACUGCAACAGAGUAAGUGUAGAGUUUACGUAAAAUAAAUUAUGACCAUUUAAGUAUAUAUUAUGAUGACGGUUGCCUUUAGAUGUGAAUACCUACGUCAAACUCCUAGUUUAUUUAAAUAUCUGCAGAAAUGUAGAAUUUUAUUGUAUAUCUAAUAUAGCUUUGAUUUUCCAUUUUAUUUAUUUAGAAAGAUUUUUAUUCAGAAAUUUAUUAAAAAUAUCUUAAUUGGUAACUUUAUUACUAAAUUGGGAAAAAGAAACGACAAGGAAAAAUGUAUGGAAAACUGUGGAGUCGGUGAGAUAAAUGAAAGGGUAGAAAGAUUGGUUCAGUUUGCACACGAUAAAAAUAUGCCUAUUACAAUAACGUUGUUCAAGAUAAAGUACAGAAAAUUGACUUGGGUAGCGAUAUUGAAACCAAUAAGAAUGAAAUUUACUUCAUUCGAACGAACAAGAUGCUACCAUAAGAGAUAUCGUGUAAUCAAUAAGUUACAACCAGACAGUUACAAACCAUAGACUAGGGUGACCAAAUCAUAAACUUGAAAAAAACGGGACACAUCCAAGCAGCAGUGGCGCACCUAGAAUUUUUCUCUGGGGGGAGAAGGUUGGUUGGGCGUCGAAUUUUUUUGUAUUGUUUGUGAAAGACAUGUUAUAUUUUCCUACGAUUUUUUGUAUAUUUUUCAUAUGCCUUGGGGGGUUUAACCCUCAAAACUCCCUGGUUGCGCCACUGCCAAGGAGGGUUUGGAGCGAUAACCAAACAGGUAGGGGAAAUUAAAACAUGGUCUUUUAGCUAAUUUGGGACCUAUAAAUCCUUUUCAAUUUACUUUUGAAUGUGUAGGUAGUUUACGUACGAUCACGACUGCGAAACAGAAAACUAUAAAACUCCGCCAGAAUGGCAUGGAUCAACAACCCGUCAGAACAAAACAGGGAAGAAUACAAAAUAUCGAGAAACAAAGCCAACUCAACUAAUAAAAAGAAGAAAAAUGACUGGUUUCGCUGGAGGUUAUUGAAAAAGACAGAAAAUUAUCAAGUACAACAAUAAUUUUACAAAAAAGUCAAAGCAGCAAAAAAUAAGCCCAGCAUUAAAACAAGAGGACUAAAAAAGCAAAAAAAGGAAAACCUUGUUUGAGGACAGACAGAUUAGCAAAAUAUGGGAAGAAUAUUACGAAAAAAUGGUGUUCACUGUGAAGGAAAUACACUGCGAUGAAGAAGUAUGGCCGUACAAGAUAACGACGAAGGAAAAAUUUUCACAGAAGAUGAAAUAACUUUGGAAUAAAAUACGGAGGAAGAGAAUUACGUAAAGGAAUAAACCAGCUAAUACAACAAAUAUUAACAAAACAGACUACCAGCCGAUUGGAACGCAGGUAUUACAGUAGGUACCUAUAUAGAAAAAAGGAGAUCUAGAGGAGUGCGAGAAUUACAGAGCAAUAACUUUAUUAAACAACACAUAUAACAUUCUAGAAAAUAUACUAAACAUAAGACUUAAAUCAUGCACUAAACGAAUAUUAGGAAAAUACCAGAACAGGUUCAGACCGGGGGAGGUCGACGAUUAAUUCCAUACAUACAGUGGAGCAAAUAAUUCAAAAAUCGAGAGAAUACAACAGAGAAAUGCAUCUAAUAUUUAUGGAUUUCAGAAGCGCUUUUGAUACAACCAAUCGGACAAAAAUAAUGGAGCAUCUAGAGAAUGUUGGAAUCCCAGGAAAAUUAAGACAUGCUAACAGUGAGCCUAAAGAACACCAGAGCAAGGAUAAGUUACAACGAAACAACUUCUAAGGAGAUUAAUGUACACAAAGGUGUGAAACAAGGUGACUCUACCUCUCUGACAGUAUUUAAUCUGAUAUUGACAAUAUCAGAUAUUGACAUAAUCUGUAGUCAUGAGGAUGAAAAACUUGCAAACAAAAAUAUUAUUACAGAUCAACUUCAAAUAGUAACAUAUUAUGCAGAUUAUUCAGUCAUCACAGCGAAGACGAAGAUAACACUUGCAGUUGGAAAAUUACAUAACGAAGCGAAGAGAAUAAUAGGACUAGAGAUAAACCAGCUCACAGCAAAAUACAUGGCGAUAGGGAAAGAUGACCCAACUCAGAAAUAUCUAAUAACACAGAACCAUAAAUUUGAAACUGUAUCCAUCUUUAGCUACAUAGGAGUAAAAAUAGGGAAAACUGGAAAAAGAGAGAACAGAGGAAAGAAUUUUGAAGGACAGAAAAACAUCUACACGGUAGAAAUCUGCUGAGAAGCAAGACUCUAAGUACAAUAUGAACCUAUAUAAGACCUUAAUAAGAUUUGGUGUUAUAUAUGGGAUGGAAACAAUGACGAUUAACAAGAACACAGAAGAUAGCCUUCUGAAAUUUAAAAUAAAAAUAUGCGAACAAUACUGGGCCACAAUGUAACAAAAUAUGGAGAAAUAAGAAUGAAAACAAAUGCAAAAAUUGAAGAAAAAUUAAUGAGAGAAAAUAUAGUCAUAUACAAAAACUCAACCCAACGCAAAUACGGGACAUUUAGGCGUCCCGAGAUACUUUUUCGGGACUCCGGGACAAAUCGUUAAAAAACGGGACAAUCACGUUUUUAUGGGACGUUUGGUCACCCUACCAUAGACCAAUCACAAUAAAAAUAGUUUUAUAUCUAAAAUAAGAAAGAAUAAAAUUAAUCACAAAACUAACAGUAACCGUUAUACAUAUAACAAUCUCAAAGAAAGAGAACACUACCAAAUGACAAUCGAUUAAACAUUACUUGACUAAAUCGACAGUUCUCAAUUAAUCGAAAUCAUCCUUAACAUUACUAAAAAGUUCGUAGGCUAGCAACAUAUAGAGAAUAAAAUGUACAAAACCGUGUCAGACAAUAAGUAAACAUAUUAAGGAGGACAAGAAAUACAAUAAAAUACUGGUAGAAAAUACAUUCGAGGAGAGGAAAAACUAUAAGGAAAAAAGACCAUUAAUCUAUGGGGAGAACCAAAUCGUUACUCUAAAAAACAAAUACGUCAUAAUUACAAACAGAAGUGAAAUAAUACAACUCGUGACUAAGCUCUACAGUUAACUAUACAAAGCCCAUGAAACACAAAAAAGCAAUCAGUAACCAAAGGGAUGUUCAGGAAGUCUUUCUGAAAAAGUAGAAUUGGUAAGUACAAAAAUUGAAAGCGAUAAAGCAGCAUGAACAGAUGGCAUACAGUAUAACUGCUUAAAUACGCUGGCGAAAACCUGGAAAACCUGAAAUAUAAUUCUCAUUCAUAUGACAGGUAACAAUGACAAUACAAAAACUACAAGGAAAACUAUUUAGAUGCUGCAGAACCAAGAAAGCAAGCUGGCUUUAGAUGGGGAUUCAGUACCCUGUUCAGUUUGGCAACUGCCACUGUGAGAGUGACAGUUUAGUUGACAUUAUCCUCUGAUACAUCUUAAGGUGGGAAAUAAUAAAUGGAAUGUAGGUUUAUAGGUUUUUAUCGCUAAAUCUCCCACCUCUACUAGUUUCAUCCCUUUUUAUCUCACAACUUAAUACGGUUUCUGUCUUUUACAUUAUUUUGCCGGUUAUUAGCGGGCUUACCAGUGUAUAUAACUGGGACAAUCAAUAAAUAAAUCUGGCUCCUUACUUCCAGAAAUAAAGGAAAGUAUGAAGUUGAUUUCUAAAACUUUUGGUAAAAAUGUAAUAUUUAAAUCCAAUGGGAUGCCACUCAACUGAAGUAAAGAGUCUUCGAUCAGUUUAUAAUCAUGUAAUAGGUCUGUGAAAGUUGGACACUAAAGAAACAUAAUAAAAAACUUAAAAUUAAAUAAAAAUGUAUACCAUUUUUAUUGAGUUGCAAUGCGAAGGCAAAACAAUCUUACUUUUCAAUUAGAAUACGGAGUGCAAUCCAGCUCUCUGAAUCGCGAUUUUCGAUUCUUAUUGGAAUCUCAUCGGAGAGAGCGCAGGCUUGUUCUCCAUAUCCUAACUGACCAGCACCGAGAGCUUUUCCCACACAUUGCAACUGAAACAAAUAGGAUAGGUGACUAGCGUCAUCUGGCAGUUGAAAGAUGAAGUAUUUCAAUCCUAAUAGCAACAUUAAUAAUAUUGAAAAUAUUAAAAAUAUUACUAAAAGAUUUUUAAAUUGAAAAACUUAUUGGUACACUUUCCUGGUGACACCUCCAAGGCUUCUACAAUUUGCAAGCAAAAUGGAUGCUGCAGUGAAGACAAAGGGAAGGAAUUCUACAAUAUGCAAUUCACAUCCCCCGUCUGCAGCUUGGUAAAGUUCCAACGGAAAAUGCACCUAGUUACUCUACGGAGUAAUACGACUAUAAAAUAAAAAUGUAUACCAUUUUUAUUCACUAACGUAAACUAAAGUAAACUUAAAAUUGUCCAAAAGUGAAUGAAGCGACACAUGCUAAUAGGCAUAACAAAGAGACAUCACAAAAGGAUAGAAGUGAUCAGAUUAUAAACCCAGGUCACUAAUGUAAUUCAUAGAAUUAAAUCUUUACAAUGGCAGUGGGCGGGACAUUUAGAGACAUUUAUCGUUGUUUUGGACAAAAAUGAAUGGACACAUCUAAGGGAGGCUUACAUCCGAUGAUCAAUGGAAUAGCUGUUGAUGAUAAUGAUCCAAAAGGCGCCAAGAGACCAAGACGACGACCAAACGUAAGAUGGGACUGUAUUUAAAAGAAUACGAUGGGAAUGAUGAUGAUAAUUUUGUAGUCUUGAUUGAAAAAUAAAUGCAAACGAAAGCUUUUUCAAGUACCCUCUUUAAUGCGAAAAGUGGGAUUAGAUUGUUACAAGGUGGUUUGCUUCGUUGGUCUAAAGAGAGUACUGAAUUGCAUCUAUAAGAGGAUGGUUAAGUAAAAUAAUUCUGAUGUUAACUAAUAUACAGUGUGUUAGUAAAUAAGUUUGAAAAAUUUUAAGGGCUCAUUCUACAUAAAAAUUGAAUGCCAGUUUGCUCUAUAAACAUAUGUCCGCAAAUGCUUAGUUUCGGAGAUACAGGGUGUUGAAAUUUUUAUUUCAAACUGCCAAUUUAUUUAUUGCUCUAAGACCAGUUGAGCUAUGAAAAUGAAAUUUGGUGAGUUUU